CAGCCGGGGAGCUGCGUUGCGCCUGGAGCCGGCGCUCGAGCCCAGCCGGGGGUUUCAGUUUCUGGCGCGAACUUCCGCCGCUCCGAAGUUGCAAGGCGAAUUGGCGCGAUGUCUGGGGACAGCAGCGGCCGCCGGUCUGAGGGCCGGGGCCGGGGCCGCGACCCGCACCGGGAUCGCACCCGUUCCCGUUCCCGCUCGCGGUCCCCGCUGGCCCGCCGCGGCGCUGCGCCGGAGCGCAGGGAGGCAGCGGAGCGCCCGAGCUUGGAGGACACCGAGCCGUCUGAUUCAGGCGACGAGCUGAUGGACCCGGCCUGCUUGGAGGCCGAGUACGACCAGGGCCUGUGCCGCCAGAUCCGCCAUCAGUACCGCGCUCUCAUCAACUCCGUCCAACAAAACCGGGAGGACAUACUGAAUGCUGGUGACAAACUAACAGAGGUCCUCGAAGAAGCCAACACUCUGUUUAAUGAAGUGUCACGAGCAAGAGAAGCAGUCCUAGAUGCCCAGUUUCUUGUUCUGGCUUCAGAUUUGGGCAAAGAGAAAGCCAAACAGCUUCGUUCUGACCUGAGCUCAUUUGAUAUGUUAAGAUAUGUUGAAACUCUACUGACACAUAUGGGUGUAAAUCCGCUAGAAGCUGAAGAAUUCAUCCGUGACGAAGACAGAACUGAUAUUGAAUUAAUUGUCUAUGACUCCUGGAAAAUAUCAGGCAAAACAGCAGAAAACACCUUUAAUAAAACCCAUACAUUCCACUUCCUGUAAGAUCGUUUUCAAAAAUCUAACAACAGACCAGCCAUAAUCAUAAUUUGUAAACCUUAAAUUAUUUCUUCAUGUAGCGACAAAGAUUUUUAAGUAGUGAGGAAGUCACAG